GACUUAUUCUUUAUAUAACAACCUGAAUUUGAUAAAGGAAGUGACGCUACUUCGAUAGAAACGGAAGCAGCGCAUGGAACACAGAACAGAACGUUUGUUCGUGGCCGCCCUGUCGUAACAAGAAGUGGAAUGUCGUUAUCUAAGAUUACCAGGUGACAUUGGCAUUAAAGAAUACAGAACAGAUAUGACCCUGUUUAUAUAAAUGUAUGGUAGAAUCAUUGAGACCUUUAACAAAAUUUCUUGACUUCAUUAUCUGGAGUGUGUUUGAAAUGACUUUGAAUUUUUAUUGACCUUGGAUUACUGCAGAGUUAACAGCAUCUUCUGAUAUUGGUUAAGACCACAGUUUAUGGAAACGUUGCCUAAUUAUUCCUUAGGAAAAAAUAUAAAAUCAGAACAGAUAUAACCAUUCGUAUAUUAUGGAGAGGGAAGAAAAAAUGGAAAGUGAAUUGUAUGAGGACCUUGUUAAAUGUGAAUCACAGUCUAAAAUGACUGACUUGACUGAAGAGAUUCCAACUAAUAUAGAAAAAAGAUUACACUACUGUGAUAUCUGUAAAAAGCCAUUCUCUCAAACGGGUGCCCUUAAUGUACACAAACGUAUUCAUACAGGAGAGAAGCCAUUUCGCUGUGAUAUCUGUGGAAAAUCAUUCUGUCAGAAGAGUAGUUUAAGUGUCCAUGAGCGUAUUCAUACAGGGGAGAAGCCAUAUCGCUGUGAUAUCUGUGGCAAAUCAUUUUCUCAAGUUGGACCCUUAAUUACUCACACACGCAUUCAUACAGGUGAGAAACCAUACAAAUGUGAUACCUGUGGUAGAUCAUUCUCUGCAACGGGCCCGUUAUCUAAACAUAAACGCACUCAUACAGGAGAGAGGCCAUAUCCGUGUGAUAUCUGUGGUAAAUCAUUCCCUCAAAUUGCUCAGUUGACUAAACACAAGCGUAUUCAUACGGGUGAGAAGCCGUAUCACUGUGACAUCUGUGGUAAAUCAUUCUCCGAAUCUAGUCCUUUAACUAAACACAAACGGCAAGAUGCUAAUAACCUGCAAACAUAUUUCUUUUCAACUAUGGUUUUUGAAAAACUAAACGUGCAGUUACAGUAUCGAGAUGACCAGCCUUCUUUCUUGUGUGAGAGCAUUGGUUUAAUUUAA